AUGACGCGUGUUGCGCAGUGGUCGGAGGUGCCCUGCAGUACACAUGGGAUCGGUCCCCGUACCACAGACUCAACAAAGCUUCCAUCUCACCGGAGUCGGCAAAUUGAUACCAAGCUUGUCUGGGAGGAUAGCAGCACUGGCUCGUGCAUUGGUAGCCCACUUCGAGUCAUUAUAAACCCCAGAUAUGCAUUCAGUCACUUCCAACGAUGCUUAAUGAAUCCAGUGUUUAGGCACAGUGGCCGGCCAUCGACAGGCAAAAAGGCUGUAAAUCCUGACUCGUACAAGACGGUAAUGUGUCAAGCAUGGCUAGAGUCGAAAAUGUGCGCUUUUGGGGAAAAUUGUCGAUUUGCACACGGAGAAGCCGAGUUGAGACCUGUGAGGUCGGUGCCGUGUCAAAUCAACAAAUAUAAGACGAAACUCUGUGACAAGUAUACUACAACAGGCCUGUGUCCAUAUGGAGAUCGUUGUUUGUUCAUUCAUCCAGACCACGGUACAAACGCAUACAUCAGACCAGACAAGUUGGUUGAAGUGUCGCGGCGUCAUGCGCUUGCCGAUAUGCAGUUUCUGGCAUCGUUGGACCCGACACAUACGAUCACUCCAUCAUCUGUUUCCUACCUGCCUGGACACCCACCGAUAACUCCAAUUCUCCCACCACCAGCAUUUCACUCUCAUUUGGCAGCCAAUUCAAAGGCACUGUAUAACCGCGGCGGCGUUAUGUUUGGCAGUUGUGGCAACAGCACCAGUGGUGGACAGACGCGCCCACAACUCCGUCCGCAUCCCAGUUGGCCUCUUGAACCUUCGACGUUCUUCAAAGAGAAGACAGACGAGUUCCGUACGCCAAGUCCAGCCGAUGUUGCUAUCACUGGAGGGAAAGGUAAGUGGUUGAUUGAUCAAGUGUGGCUAAAAAUUAUCAAUUGGGUGUGA